AAAUUUUGUGCUUGCUCACGCACGAAUGACAAAGGCUGUGGUAUAUCAUGGAACGUAGAGUUCGUUCUUUGAUGCAGUCUAUUCUAAUCUGUUCUAAAUCUUUCAUUUAACAAUAAUGAUAGACUAUAAGUCCUCGUAAAGAAGCUAAUCAUUUUCUUUAUGAGGCAUCAUUUUUGUUGUUGUUAUAUAUUAGAUAUCAGUAUUCGUUUGAAAUGUAAUUUUGUUAUUCGGAAAAAAUCAGAAACAUUCGGGGAGUAAAUCUGGCAUCUCAUAAAUCAUCUAGUAAAUUCGAAUAGAGACAAGAAAUAAAUCGUGUUUCAGUCUACAAUCAUGCACGAAUAAUAGUGUAUAGCAGACUAUUGUGCGCGAACGAUGGCGUUUUUUCUUGAAGAAGUACGCAUAGAGGAUUGUUUCCUGUUUGUAUGACGUUUGCUGCUUUCAUAAGUCUAUUGGAUCAACACUAAUUACGAAAGGGAGCAGUUUUAUAACGGAACAGUCUAAUUUAAUUAUCCUAUCAAUUUUAGGGUUUUAUUCUGAUUUGGAGAAUAUUGGGAGUUUUCUAUAUUUCUGGACAAGACGUAGUUUCAUCAACACCAGCGGCGAAACUUGACAUGCCAACAAUGGCUAUGCAAAAGAUGAGAAGACAAGGCCAGGAUGUCAUGCAAAUGAACUUAGCUGGUAUUAGGCGAGAUAUUGUAAAUCUUGCUCAUAAUUAUAGCAGUGCACAGAAAGCCGUAAGAAAAGCUACCAGUAAUGAUCCUUGGGGUCCAAGCAGUACUCUUAUGGCAGAAAUAGCUGAUUUGACAUAUAAUGUUGUGGCCUUUACUGAAAUUAUGCAAAUGUUAUGGAAAAGACUUAAUGACCAUGGUAAAAAUUGGAGACAUGUUUACAAAGCUUUGGUACUUUUAGAGUACCUUAUAAAAACUGGUACAGAAAAAGUUGCACAACAAUGUAAGGAAAAUAUUUUUGCCAUUCAAACGUUGAAAGAUUUCCAACAUAUGGAAGGACAUAAAGAUCAAGGUAUUAAUGUGCGAGAGAAAGCAAAACAGUUGGUGGCCUUAUUAAAAGAUGAUGAAAGAUUAAAAAAUGAAAGAGCUAGAGCAUUGAAGGCCAAAGAGAGAUUUGCUCAAACAGUUAGUGGUUUUGGAAGUGAUGGUUUAGAUACAAUGUCACCUGUAAGCAGCGAUUUUCAAGAUUGGGAGCCUUGCAAUUUGACCGAAUCAGCAUCACGACCUGAAUUAGAAGCAGCUAGACCGCAAACAGUGGGUGAAGAAGAACUACAACUGCAGCUAGCACUUGCUAUGUCAAGAGAAGAAGCAGAACAAGAGGAACAACGACGGCGAAGUGAUGACGUUCGACUACAAUUAGCACUAAGUCAAAGCCAGCAGGAUUUCAAAGCACCACAAACUGAAAAGCAAAGUCAUAUGCUUGAUUUGCUAGAUGUAAAUCUAGGUGAAGCAAGUGGCUCUUCUGCGCAGAAUGAUCCUUGGAGUAUUCCAGUUACAGCUCCACCUCCAAGACCUCAGUCCUUGGAUUUGUCUCAAUUUCGUAAAUGUAAGACUCAAAAUGAUCCUUGGAGUAUACCAACAACAAGCAAUAAUUCACCUGCAAUAGAUCCAUGGGCUCCUGUCACAUCUCAAAAGCAGGCUGUUGUUAACGAUCCAUGGAAAGCACCUGCUCCAUCUCCAUCAGCAGUAGUUACUCCUCGUUCGGCAGAUCCUUGGUCACCAGCACCAAUUGCCAAUGAACCUGAGGCAUCUAAAAUUGAAGUUCGCCAAGAUAAAAUAUUAUCUUCAUCUCCAACCUUCAAUAAUCCAACUUUAACACAAAAUAUUGGUUUUACGGCGCAAUCACCACAAAACAUCGGUUUUAAUUUACCAAAUCCCGCAAAUGCUGCCUUCGGUACUAUGAGCAACGGCUUUAAGGAUCCUGGCUCUACUUUUAGCAAUUUUCCUUCUCAAACGCAUGGUAGUUCGGCUACAAGUCCAUUGAGCGAGCUUGAUGAAUUUGAUGUAAUCAGUCAGAGGAACAAACUUGGAGGUGGUUCACAAGCUACAAACAAUGGGACUACAUUAUCUUCAGAUCCAUUUGAUUUAAGUGGUAUAGGUGAAUCUUUACCUCAGAGCACUGGUGCAAUUAAAAAGACGCCACAAUCGUUUCUUGGUGAAAAUUCUGCUCUUGUAAACUUGGAUAAUCUUGUCAGCACUUCUACAAUUAAAACAGUUACUCCAACACCAACAGUGCCCAUAUCAUAUUCAGCGAAUCCAUUUGCGACAACAGCAGCAUCAUCUCAUGCUCCAACUAACCAGAUUCGACAGGACCCUUGGGCUGUAAAUACUAAUGCUAAAGCUAAUCCAUUUUUAUCGUAGCCUGAUGAAAAUUAUUGAAAAGUUAGCUGAAACCGCUAUUACUACAGCGAAUAUAAUAGUAUUUGAGAUUUUAUUAGUAACCCUGUACGGUAUAAGUUUAAAUUUAGAGUAAAUUAUGAUUUGAGUUGCAGAUGCAGAAUAUAGAAGGAGCGAGUAAUAAAAACAAUUUUAUUGUUAAUAAUUAAAGCUAUUAUCAUGUUAUCAAAAUGUUUUAAGUAAAAAAACUAAUUAUUGAAAAUUUUUUUAUUAUUACUGUUUAUAUUUAUUCAUAAUGCUUUCCAUAGCAUUUCGUAUAACUAACUAACUUAGUUAUAAAUGAUUUUAUUGCAGUUAUAUCAUUUGAUAUACUAUUUCACAAAAUAUUUUGAGUCUUAGGAAAAACAAAAUAUAACAUUUUAGCUUGAAACGCUUAAAAGCUCCCAAGGUAACAACUAGAUUUUAUACAUACUCUUUUCAUAUAUAGAAUAUUUUUUAAGUAUGAAUCCAUUCUCAGACAAAGAUUACUCACCGAUAUAUUCUUUCGGUAAAGAUGUAAAAUAAUAAUGAUAUCGAGAUCAUUUCAUUUAUUUUGUAUUUAUAUACGUGUUUUCUAUAGUAAAUGAGAUCGUGAGACUGUAAUCGUAAUUUGCAAAAAUAGAUUAUAUCGAACAGGGUUCAGUUUAAGCCAGUCUUGAAUGUUAUAUGGAUUAUGAUCUACAAAAUUCAUAUUAUGGCUUGCUUUUUAGCAAUAAGAAAAAUCAA